CAGUGUUCAGUAUUCAAAAGUUGUAAGAUUUAAAUUCAAACAACUCUCGGUUCAUUGAAAAAUGGCAAGUGGAACAGCAAGCAUGCAGCGACCGUCUAUCGAAAAGGAGCCGUACUAUCAUGGGUUCCUGCCCCGCGAAGACGUCAAAACCGUUUUGAAAAAUAAUGGAGAUUUCGUGAUUCGCAUCUCGGAGCCUCAAGCUGGAUCACCAAGAAGUAACAUCCUGAGUGUGAUGCACUGCGUUCCUCCAAUGGAAGAAGAGAUCAAACACUAUGUGAUCAAAACCAAAGGCGAUAAGAUCUUCAUCGAAAAAGUAUCAUUCUUGUCAAUCCCAGAAAUGGUGGAGUGGCACUUGACUAAGAAGGAAUCGGUUCAAAAAGAUGUGUUUCUCAUCAAGGCAAUCUCACGUCAAGCUUGGGAGCUGGACCACGACAAUAUCGAGCCUCUGAAGAAGCUGGGAGAAGGUGCAUUUGGAGAAGUGAUGAUGGGAACGAUGAAGUUUCGGAAAGGAGGAAAGUCAGUUCAAGUGGCGAUCAAGCAGGCGAAGCUCUCGAAUCUCACAAAGGAGCAGAUCAAAGAGUUCAUGGGUGAAGCUCGUGUGAUGCGUUCACUUUCACAUCCCCAUGUCGUUCGCUUUUAUGGUGUGCCCCGUAGAAGAGUUAACGUUGCACUAUGUCGGUCACUGAACGAGUUUCUUGCUAAAUGUCACAGAAAAUUGCGUUGCGCAACGCCUUUUUUUGUGUGUAUGUCUGUGAAUUGGCUCUCAGUGCUCAAUGAGCUACGCGUUUUUCUUGAAUAAAGGAAAGUUUUAUGAA